AUGUCGGACCACCUAUCUCUGUUGUCCGAUAUGGGAUUUCGACCUCUUCUUGGUGGUAGGACCUACAGAUAUAGUAUCAAACCCCCCUCGGCUGGGUAUGAAGCUGUUCACUACCUCGUAAGUGCUAGGCUACGGACAAGGCUCUGCUUCAAACACAUUGGCCGCUCCAACCGUCGUGGCUUGAUCUUGUUUUUCGGCGAAUCAGGCCAUUCCCUCCAAUAUCCAAAGUGCCACGACGGCGGUAAAUUCUAUGCUAUACGGCGCGAAUAUGAGAAUAAUGUUCUCCUCGCCUUCCAGACCAACCAACCCCUCAUUUUCCCUUACAUUCUUAUUUCCACCCUCACCCAUACCCACACUACUUACAUAUAA